AUAUGUCAAAACAAUAACCAAAAAAAGAAAAUUUCCAUAAAAGUGACAUGUUUGUGACAUUACAAUUUGUCUUCAUUUAAUGAAUGAAUGAUCAGAAAGACCUGAUCUGAAAAAAACAAUGGUCAACAAUUUAUCAUCAACUGUGACAAUAAUGACAACAACAAUGGCUUCAACUACACCACCACCAUCAAUAACAACAAAUAUAAAUCAACAACAACAACAACAACCAAAAUCUGGUAGUAUUAAACGUAAUAAUCAAGCAAUGAUGAACAUAACUAAAGAAAUUGAAGAACAUGUCUCCAAUAUGAUUGGUCCAAACAUAAAAUUAACACAUAAAGCGAUGCUCAAAUUGGAAUUAAAAACGGAUAAAUUUGAAAAUCGUUUAUUAAUAUUUACACAAUAUCGAUUAUUUAUAUUCACAGUGAAAGGAGGCGGAAGCUCAACUAAACUAGAACAUUCAUAUAAUUUGAUUGAUAUAAAUCAUAUUGAAUCAAGACAAUCGGAUCGUUUGAUAAUCGGUUUUCGUUCGAUUGAUUCAAAACAUCCAUAUUGUUUUCAUUCCUGUGAUCCAAAUCAAGAAGAAAUAAAUUUGAUUAUUUGUCAUUUGGUUAGCUCAUUAAAAACAUUAUUUCCAUAUAUGCCAUUCGAAUCGUUCAUUAAACGAUUUAUUGUUGAACCAAAACAACGUUUAGAUAAUAUUUAUGAGUAUGUUCAAUUGAUGGAAGAGCGAUUACGUUUCCGUUCCCAUGAUCAUCCUUGCGGUGGUUUCUCCAAUCAAUAUGCUUGUUUUUGUGAUUAUUAUGGUGUGCCAUAUAGAGAAGAAGUUGCAAGAGAUAUUGAUACAAUAUAUGCGGCUCAUAAUCAUACCGAGCUUUCAAUAUUAGAUUUCGAACAUCUUGAUCUAAAAGAUUUACAACCGCUCAUUGCUGCAUUAACAUAUAAUGGAUAUUUCACAAAAUUUCGUGUUUCAAAUGUUAAGAUUGUUAAUAGUAGCCAAUCAGGUAGUGAUCAACUUUGUGAACUCAUAGUCAAUCUUGUACGACGAUCAACUAAACUAGAGGAAAUAUAUUUAGAUAAUACCGGUAUUCGUGCAGAUUUUGUCAAUAAAUUAUUUCAGGCAAUGUUAUUGAAUAAUCAAACAUCGAUACAAUAUAUUGAUUUAUCAAAUAAUACAAUUGAAGAUAAAGGUUUGAAAAAUAUGACUGCAUUCGUUGCAAAAUCAUUUCAUAUGGCUAAUUCUAUGAUGAUGAAUAAUUCAUCCGAAGAUCUCAGUUCAGCAUCAUUAUCGUUAUUAAAUUUUUCAACCUGUUCAAAUCCGAUUCAAAGUCAACAACAAUCGAAUAAUAGCAAUAAUAAUACGAUAACAUCAUCAGCAAAAUUAAUGUACAAAGGUCUUGUACAUUUGAAUCUUUCACAUUGUGGUAUUACAUCGAAAGGUAUUUCCGAACUAUCAGAAUCACUUUAUUUGAACAAAUCAAUGUUUUCAACAUUGACCUACCUUAAUUUAAGUGAUAACUGUUUCAAAGAUGAUUUAUCGAAACUGUAUAAUUUUCUGGCUCAACCAAACAAUAUUGCUCAUCUUGAUCUGUCCGGAACCGAUUGCAAUUUGGAAAGUGUUUUUGGCGCCCUUCUUCAUGGUUGUACAAACAAUCUUGUGCAUUUGAAUUUAUCACGGAACCAAUUUAGUGGAAAAAAAUCCAGUCAUAAAGAUUUGAUAGUGCCUGUUUCGAUCAAAAAAUUUUUCUCUACUGCAAUAUUUUUACGUACAUUAGAUUUAUCGCAUAACAGAUUGCCUACUGAUGCACUCAAAGCCAUAUUACUCGGUUUAGCUUGCAAUGAAUCGGCUUCAAAUUUGCGAAUUAAUCUUUCAUCGAAUGAAUUCAGAUCGAAUGGCGCCGCCGUACUAGAGCUUUGUCUGGCCGAUAUUCGAUGCGUUUCCGGUUUAGAUCUCAGUGACAAUGGACUUGAUAUGGACCUCAUUCAAGUGAUUGGUGCAAUCGCUAAAAACAAAUCGAUCAAAUAUUUAUCGAUUGGUCGUAAUUUUAACAAUAUUAAAGCCAAACAUUUGCCAAAAGUUUUAGAUGCAUUUUCCACAUUACUACAAGAUCCAGAUUGUUCCAUCGAAUCAUUAUUGUUGGUUGAUUCGAAAUUACGCGCUGAAAUAUCAAUUAUUUUGGAUGCACUUGGUUCGAAUCAAUCAUUGAUCACUAUCGAUAUUUCGGGAAAUUUAAUGGGGUUACUUGGAGCAAAAACGUUGGCAAAAACACUCCAAAUAAACAAUCAUAUGGAAACAAUUUAUCUGGAUCGUAAUCUGAUACCAACAGCGGGAUUUUUUGAUAUUGCCUAUGCACUUGAACGCAAUUAUACAUUGAAAUAUCUUCCAAUCCCGAUACAAGAUCUACAGGCAGCGAUGAUGAAAAUGCCCGAGCGUACAGAAAUCGCUAUGAAUAAAAUUCAGGAAUUUAUACGUCGUAAUAAUCUACCGCAAACGGCCGCUGUACGUAACAUGCGGUUACAUAAUCUACAAAAUUCCCAUUUCAUUGUUGACAAUAAUUUGUUUGUCAAAAUUGAUAAAAUUGCCAUACAAUUGCAAAAUUUAAUACGUGAAAAAUCACCAUUAUAUCAACAAAAUCGCAAACCAUCAUUGGAUUCGAUUGAUAUUAGUACACAUUCAAAUCAGGAUAAAACAAUUACGGUCGAUGAUUUUUGCAUGACGAAUGAAAAUUAUAUUGGCCGAAUUGAAAAUCUAUUGAAUGAUGUUCGAAAUAUGCGAUCACUUUAUAGUAAAGUACAAGAAGUUUAUGCACAUACAACACAAACAAUGAAUGGAUUGUCAUCAUCAUCUUCAAUAAAUGAUAGCUAUGGACGAAGAUUUUCAUCUAUUGCGAUUUCACGUCCAAUUGAAGCAACAAUUUUGGAAUUUUCACGUGAAUUAAAAAGUUCAUUUGAAGGUCAAGUUGUAUCGGUUUCUGAAUUGAUCAUACAAUGUAUAAAAGAUGAAUUUCCAAAUGUAUUUUUUCAUAGUCAGCAUCUUGAAGGUGAUCUUCGGGAAUUGUAUAAAAAUUCAAUCAAUAUAAACUCGACUCAAUCAUUAAUACCACCGAUGGAAUAUUUUCAAGUGUGCCUUACCGAAGCAGUCGGUACACAAUGGUCAAUUAAAUUGGAACAGAUUCUCAAUACAAUAGCUAGUCAAAUAUGUAAUAAAGUUUUGAUCGAAAUUAAUCGGUGUUUAAUGAAUACUCAGAAAAUGAUUGAUAGCUGUGAUCUAAAAUCAAGGACAAAUGCAAUCAACCUUAAUAAUAAUCAUCAUGUUCAUUCGAAUGGCAAUAGUAAUGGUCCAUCGAUACGAAGUUUAACACCAUCGGAUCUUCGAAGUCAAACAUUAAUCGAAUCAUAUUGUAGCUCACAAGAUUCAAAUGAUUUAUUAAGUUUAUCGAAACAUGAUAAUGAUCAACAAAUGAUGGAUUCCGAUAGCGAUAAUGCAAUUUGGCUAGCUUGGCUAAAUCUCGCAACACCUAAACUUGGUAAUAGUCAAAAACGUCAAAAUGUCUAUAUAAGAAAAUUACGGCCACAAUCAGUUCUAGAUGGUGAUAUCAUCGUAACGAAUGAAGAUGAUUUUACCGAUCUAAUGAUCAAUCGUAAUGAUCAAUCUCAAUCGAAUGAUAAUAAUAAUGCUAAUAAUGAUUCAAUACAUCAAACAAAACCAAAUCUUCAUCUAACUAAAAUGCGACCACGAAAUCGUAAAAUUCGCGCACCGACACGAGUGACGAUUGUUGAUUCGAAAACAACAGCUAAUAAAGAUCAACAAAUAGUAGAUAAUAAUCCGAUUGGUUCAAAACUAGAUGAAGGAUUGGAUAAUUUUUUCCCCUCAUUAUCAUUGAUGAACAAUUCAUCAUCAUCGAAUGUUUCCAUCGAAUCCAAAGAGAUUGAUCAAACAAUACAGCAGAAUUAUCAACUACAACCGAAUAAACCUCAACCACAACCUCGAAAAAUUUUAAGAAAAUUAGGUUUCAAAUCUCAAAGCGAACAACAGCAAUCAAUAGAUAAACAGGCAAUGAUCAAACAGAAUGAAGAAUUGAUUUUUUCAAAUUCACCGAUCAUUUUUGGAAACAGACGAGUUGCUACUGCUGGUAGUGGUGGUGAACAUGUUUCCAUUUGUAGUGAUUCAAAUGAUGUACAUCAUACCGGCGGUAGCCGUGUUCAUAGUCCAUUACCAUCAGCAAGUGGUGAUAUACAGCAACAUAAUGAAUUAUUAGCCGAAAUGAAAGCAAUUCAAGAGAAACGUUCAUAUAAUUCUACACCUGUUUCUAAUGAACAGCUAACAUUUGCAUCAACGUUGGAAAAGAAAUCUAGCAUAGAAAAUAUUGAUGAUGAUAAGUCAUCAAUUAUUUCGCAACAACAACAAAGUUCAGAUGACACUUCAACAACUAAUAAUAGUACAUCAAUAUCAGUGGCUAAACGUGCAACCAUAUUCGGUGAUUUACAUAAAUCACCAUCCAAACAUUCGAUAUCAAGUCCAACGGAGGAAAAUAAUGAAAUCAUUGGUUCGAAAGAAAAUCAUAUUGCUAAUAGUAAUAAUCAAAAUAAAAGUACCACAACAUCAACAACAUCGUCAUCACGGCAACGACCUAAAUCAAUGGUUGGAAUGUUGGGUGCAAAAUUUGAAUUAUCAUUAAUGAAUUCUAAUUCUAAUAAAUGAUCAAUUGUAUACAAUCCACUAAUAUCAAUAGUCAUUAACAGGAAAAUCAAAAACACACACUUGACACAAAUAUUCAAAAUCAA